AUGUUUUUGGCCUGGAGGAGACUCUGUACCCUUAGCAGUAGACCUGAAUUCCUGAAGACAGUUUGUGCUUCAAAAAUCCUUGGACUGUCUACUUUUGCGAAAAUGUCUUUGAAAUUCAAAAAUGCAAAACGAAUUGAAGGCCUUGAUAGCAAUGUAUGGAUUGAAUUUACCAAACUGGCUGCAGACCCCUCUGUUGUGAAUCUUGGCCAUGGUCUUCCAGAUAUAUCCCCUCCAAUAUAUGUAAAGGAAGAAUUAUCCAAGAUUGCAGCAAUUGAUAAUCUGAAUCAGUACACAUGGGCCUUUGGUCAUCCAUCACUUGUGAAAGCUCUGUCCUGCCUGUAUGAAAAGUUUUAUCAAAAUCAAAUCAAUCCAACUGAAGAAAUCCUCGUGACUGUAGGAGCAUAUGGAUCUCUUUUUAAUGCCAUUCAAGGAUUGAUUGAUGAGGGGGAUGAAGUCAUAGUGAUCGUGCCUUUCUAUGACUGCUAUGAGUCCAUGUUGAGAAUGGCUGGAGCAACACCUGUUUUUGUUCCCCUGAGAUGUAAACCUGUUGAUGGGAAAAAAUGCUCUAGUUCUGACUGGACCUUAGAUCCUCAAGAACUGGCAAGCAAAUUUAAUUCCAAAACCAAAGCUAUAAUGCUAAAUACUCCGCAUAACCCCCUUGGCAAGGUGUAUACCAAAGAGGAACUCCAAGUAAUUGCCGACCUUUGCAUCAAAUAUGACACACUCUGCAUCAGUGAUGAGGUUUAUGAAUGGCUUGUAUAUCCUGGAAAUAAGCAUUUUAAAAUAGCCACUUUCCCAGGUAUGUGGGAGAGAACAAUAACCAUAGGAAGUGCUGGAAAGACUUUCAGUGUAACUGGCUGGAGGCUUGGCUGGUCGAUUGGUCCUAAACAUUUGAUAAAACAUUUACAGACAGUUCAGCAAAACACCGUUUGUACUUGUGCAACCCCUUUACAGGAAGCCUUGGCUCAAGCUCUCUGGAUUGACAUCAAGCGCAUGGAUGACCCAGAAUGUUACUUCAAUUCUUUGCCAAAAGAAUUAGAAGUAAAAAGAGAUCGGAUGGUACAUUUACUUGAAAGUGUUGGCCUAAAACCCAUAGUUCCUGAUGGGGGAUACUUCAUCAUUGCUGACGUGUCUUUGCUAGAUGUAGACCUCUUCGAUAUGAAGGACAGCAAUGAACCUUAUGACUAUAAAUUCGUGAAAUGGAUGAUUAAAAAUAAGAAACUGUCAGCUAUCCCAGUUUCAGCAUUCUGUAAUGAAGAGACCAAAUUACAGUUUGAGAAAUUUGUGCGAUUUUGCUUCAUUAAAAAAGACAGUACUUUGGAUGCUGCUGAAGAAAUCCUCAAGGCGUGGAGUAGACAGAACUCUUGA